GGGUCACGUGACGCCUGGCGAGCGUUCGAUCCAGUCUUGGGCCGGCGAGGGCGGAAGCGGCAGCAGAGGCAUCCUCGGCGGGACGCCCCGUCUGGCCAAGGAAGGAGAGGAGAGGCCAAGGAACCCGGAGGAGGGAUGCGCAGGACGUAGUUCCAGCAGCCACAGCAGAGGAGGAGCGGCCCUUCCUCUUCCCCUUCCUCUUCCUGUGAGGGGCGUUGCCAUGGACGCCCGGCCGCUCUUCCAGACGCUGCACGCGCUGGUGGAGGACAACGCGGCCUUCUUCCGGGAGAGCUCCUCGGAGGUGGGCCAGCGCUUCCUGGCGGCCUUCCUGGCCAUCCGCGAGCACGCCCGCUGCCUGGAGCCCGUCCUGGGCCACUUGGCCACCAUCUACCACCUCUUCGACCUGGACGAGGAGACGCCGGCCAACGGGUACCGCAGCCUGGCCCAGACGGUGCGCUGCUGCCUGGCCCACAUCGUCCACAAGAGCCGCUACGUGGCCGCCAACCGGCGCAGCCUCUUCUUCCGCACCGGGCACAACUGCGCCGAGCUGGAGGCCUACUGCGUGGCCCUGACCCAGCUGCGCGCACUGGUCUACCUGGCCCAGCGCCUCCUCACCCAGAACCGCCCCGGGAGCCUCUUCAACCACGAGGAGCGCGGGCUCUCCCAGCUCUUCCUGCGCGAGUACACCGCCAUGCAGAAGGGGUGCUUCUACGGGAGGUGCAUGGGAUUCCAGGUCAGGGUCCAUGGGAGGAGACUCGGGCCUUCCCUUUGGCCUUCGGACGGUCUCUCUCCCCUUUGGCUCAAGCGGUUGCCCUUCGGCCCCUCGGAGCAGCAACCUAUGCGCCUGACGCCAGCGCAUAAAAGCGGCCUCCGAGUUAAUGAGAAACAAAAGAGGAAGAGGAAAAACUGA